UGUUUAAAUUGUGUCAGGAACAAAUAAAAUGCAUUUGUGGCGUUCUCAGUGGUUCCAAUCGCUCUCUCUUUGCUUCUGCCUGUGGUUUUCAACGGAAAGACAUUGUUGAAGAGAUGAGCUCUCAAGUCAGACUGAGGCUGCUCCCGAGUGACAGGUGUUUGUAUGACGAACCCAUUCAGGUAAAAGUGUCACAUCUGAGAUCCAGACAGGUGGUCACCAUUAAAGCCAGUUCAACUGAUGAAAAAGGAGUUCUGUUCAGCUCUUCAGCCACUUACAGGGCUGAUGGCAAUGGAGACAUUGACCUGGUCAGAGACGCCUCACUCAGCGGGAGCUACGUUGGAGUUGAACCCAUGGGUCUACUGAGGACACUGAAACCAAACACUCUGAACACACUUUUCAUUAAGGAGAAAGCAUUAGAGCCUCACAUGGUGAAGUUCUCUGUGCAUGAUGAAGAAGACCAGAUCCUGGCAGAGGUGACCAAUGAGAGGCUUCUGAUGGCAGACGGGGUCAGCCGAGUUUCUGUGAAAGAAGGGAGCUUUCAUGGAGUUCUCUUUACUCCCCCAGGAACUGGUCCAUUCCCUGCUGUGUUGGACCUUUGUACCGUCAUGUCAGAGAGAAGAGCAGCUCUGCUGGCCAAUAAAGGAUUUGUGGUUCUCACACUUUCAGUCUUUCAAGAAAAGCUUGGUAACUUGAAAAUGUUGCACCUGGACCCUCUUGAAGAAGCAAUUAUUUUCUUACUACAACAACCAAAGGUGGGCAGUAAACGGAUUAGUAUCAUUUCAAAUUCAAAGUCAGCAGAUGUGGCCCUUUCGCUUGCUGCUUUUGUCCCUGGUGUGGAGGCUGUGGUGUGGAUCAGUGGCUGUUCAGCCAAUACUGCAUUACCCCUGUUCUAUAAGAAAAGACAAAUUCUGCCUGCUUUAAUGUUUGACACCACGAAAGUAAUCCCUACACAGUCUGGAGCUGUCAUUGGAAAGUAUGCCAUGCAUGAUCCUCUAAAAGAAGAGAACAGGGCUUCUGUAGUCCCCAUUGAACAAGCAAAUGCACACUUCCUCUUUGUGGCCCCAGAGGACGACCUUUGUUGGGACAGUUACACUUACAUGAUGGAGAUGAUGGAGAGACUGCAGCAUCUUGGGAAGACAAACUUUGAGAGUGUGUGUUAUCCUAAAGCUGGACACUUUCUAGAGCCCCCUUAUGGCCCAUUCUGCCCCUCCAGCUUAAACAUGUUCUUAAAAAAGCCAGUUCUGUGGGGAGGAGAAUCAAGGACCCAUGCAGCAGCUGAAGUUGACAUGUGGAAGAAGAUCCAGGAGUUCCUCAAAAGUCAUGUGAGCUGUGAUCCUGUGCAGACUGAUGCCAAAUUAUAGAUUAAAUGAGUGGGAAUAAUCAUGACUUUCAACAAUAAAGUUUUUCCAAUUGUCUA